AUGAGAAAACAGCACACACAGACACGGAGCGCGUGGUCCACGACAAAUCCGCAACGAAGGCAACCGAGUAAACGGGGCUCGGCACGUGGGUCUCAACAACAAUCGCACCAACGCCGACCAAGGAAAAGCGAGGGGGAAACGGCGUGUUUCUGCUACGGACGCCCAAAUCACUGGACGAACAAGUGCUGGCACAAAAAUAAGACAUGUGAAGCGAGUGGCCAGCAGGGACAUCUCGAGCAAGUGUGCAAGAAGAAGGGGGAAAAGAAGCAGAACACAUCGGUAGGCAAACUACAACAAGACAGCGACGGAUCCAGCAGCGACGACGAGGAAGACAGCGAGUGGUAUAGAGACUUAUUUACUAUGAGCGUCGAUAACUAUGAUUGUAAUUUUAUUAAGAUCAAACCACAAUACUUACCGAUACAAAUCAAAGGUCAAGUAAUUAGAAUGGAGAUCGAUGGGGAAGCAGGAAUCUCUCUUACAAGCAAAAAAGACUACAAGCGUUACCUUAAAAACCAUAAGCUGUCAAGAUCUGACAUUAACAUACGUUUCUACGACGGUUCGGAGAAGCGACCGAUUGGCGUAAUAAAAAAUAUUGAGCUGAAAUACGACAAAAUAACGGCCAAGGGGGACCUUUACGUUAUGGGCGAAACAGGCGGACCACUAGUCGGUCGGGACUGGCUCGGCAAACUAGGAAUCUGGCCGUUAGAAAUCGUGCAAUCGCGAUCCAAAAUACUACAAUUUAUAAAAAAACACGCGAAUCUCUUUUCACCGGGGCUAGGGACAUUUACCAAGGGGACCUUCGAAUUAAAACUAAAGGAAGGCGCGAAACCGAAAUAUUGCAAACCAAGAACCGUCCCAUACGCGUCAAAGGAUAAAAUCGAGAAAGAAUUGGAUAGACUCGUAGCGGCUGGAGUAUUAACGCCAGUAGGUAAUUCAGAGUGGAGAACCCCCGUAGUACCAGUAACGAAGCCAGAUGGGAGACUGCGGUUAUGCGCGGACUACAAGGUCACCGUUAAUCCCCAAAUUAUAUCAAACGGACAUCCCAUUCCGAACCGCGAUCACCUAAUUAACAAUCUCCAGAGGGGAAAAUUUUUCACAGAAGUAGAUCUCAGAGAAGCCUAUACGCAAAUCCCACUCGAAGAAAACAGCAGGAAAAUCCUAACGCUUAGCACACACAGGGGGUUAUUUCAACCUACAAAACUGCCCUUCGGAGUAGCGUCUGCCCCGGGGUAUUUCCAACAAAAUAUGGAACAAAUUCUAGGCAAGGUCCCAAACGUGAACAUUUUUUUCGACAAUAUAGUUAUUAAGGGCAAAACGAUCAGGGAAAACAUCCGCACAACUGAAAAAGUUUUUAAAAUAUCACAAGACUGCGGGCUUAAAAUCAAAGAAGAAAAAUUCGUGUUCUUAGAAAAGAAAAUCCGGUUCUUAGGUUUCGAAAUCGAUGAACACGGAUUAUACACCAUGAAAGAUAGAGUAACAACAAUAAAAAAAAUACCGGAACCAACAACUAUCAAAGAAUUACGGGCCUUCCUGGGGACAUUAAACCACAACGAAAAAUUCAUCAAGGACCGGGCAACAAAACUCAAUCCACUGUACCAAUGCUUACAAAAAGAUAGUUUUAAAUGGUCAAAAAAAUGUAAACAAGCGUUCGAAACAGCAAAGAAUGCGUUGUUAUCAGCAAACGUUUUGGUAAAUUAUGACCCACACAAACCGUUAAUCUUCACUUGCGACGCGUCAGACUGCGGAAUGUCCGCUAUUCUGUCUCACAGAACACCAGAGGGAGAUAAACCUAUAGCAUACGCAUCAAAAACCCUCUCGAAAAGCGAGCGAAAUUAUGCCAUAAUCGACAAAAAGGCUAGAGCAAUUAUUUUUGGAGUCACAAAAUUUUACGAUUACAUCUAUGGCACUACAUUCACACUAAGAACCGACCAUCAACCUCUGGUGCGUAUAUUCGGUCCGGGGAAAGGAAUACCAAUAAUGGCAGCGAGACGGCUGCAGCGAUAUGCAACGUUCCUUAGCGCUUUCCAAUAUAACAUUGAAUACGGGAGGUCGAGCGACAACGUAGCAGACGGCCUCUCCUGCCUUCCGCUACCAAAAGAUCAAGUAUUGUCACAAGUUGUGAGAUACGUUCGGGAGGGGUGGUCGACAGAGGCAAAAACCGAAAAACUAAAAGCAUUCGAGGCACGGAAAGACGAGCUUACAAUGGAGCAGGAUUGUUCAAUGUGGGGAUAUCGGGUGGUAAUUCCCAAGAAAUACCAAAAAUUCAUUUUAAAAGAAAUGCACUUAACGCAUAUGGGAAUCGUGAAAAUGAAAUCCAUUGCAAGGUCGUUUUUCUGGUGGUCAGGGAUCGACGAGGACAUAGAAAAAGAAGUGCGGGCGUGCCACGAGUGCGUCCAAGAGAGAGACAGUCCGCCCGCGAUAACGUUAAACCCAUGGACAUGGCCGACCCGCCCAUGGCAACGCAUACACACGGAUCUCAUCGGACCGCUAGACGGCCGAAACUUCCUUUUGAUUAUAGACGCGAUGUCAAAAUGGCCAGAAAUAUUCGAAAUUAAAUCAAUCAGCUCAGAGAGUCUGAUCAAACAUUUCAAACAAGUUUUUUCGAGAUUUGGCAUCCCCAAUCAAAUUAUCAGCGACAACGGCAGACAAUACACGAGCGAAGAAUUCGCAUCAUUCGUAAAGCGGCUAGCGAUUAAACACAUAUUCUCCCCAGUCAAGCAUCCCGCAACGAACGGAGCGGCAGAGAAUCUCGUUAAGACCUUCAAAAAGAAAUUUAAGAUCCUUUCACGCGAGGGGUUCGCGCCACAAAAAGCAAUUAACAUGUUUUUAUUUGAUUACAGAUCAAUUAAGCAUAGUACGACGGGGGAAACACCAGCGAAGCUCAUGUUAGGGAGAGAGUUGAGAACGCGAUUCGAAAUUUUACGCCCAGCUACGGAAGAGAAAGUCGACAUCGAAGUGGAUCGACAAGUGCGAAAUAAAAGAGGGAAAAGAGUAGUCGAAUUUAAAAUCGGCGAAAAAGUCUGGGCGAGGAAAUUUGAGAGAAACGAUUUUCGCUGGUGUAAGGGGAUAGUUAAAGACCGUCGGGGGCCAGCUACGUAUGAAGUAAAAUGGGAAAGCGGGGGCAUAGACAAGCGUCAUGAAGACCAAAUCAUUAGACGUGACGAAAAAAUCAAUGAGGAAUCAACGAGCAAAAACGAGCAGCCGGCGGGCCCCCGGCGAUCGUCGCGAUUAGCAAAUAAGCUUGAGACAACGAGCCAUCCAGCGAGUAUCAGUUCCGAACCGUCGGGCAAGCCGAGCGUACGCUUAAUAAACAUCGUAUCCGUACCUAUCGUGUAG